UCUCCUGCUCCUAUUCAGACGAGGUCCCGUUGGCUCAUUGUUAUUCUGCCCGAGUGACAGAGAGAGAGGGAGACACAGAAUGGGAGGCUGACUGUGGUUUCCAACUGCACGGAGCUGGUUGUACUGGGCGGGGGUUUUUGUCGGUGUUUUUUUUUUUUCCUGGCCGGUUUGUGCGGGCGUGGAGGCAUGUUUGUAAUCUGCUCAGUAAUGAGGAGAGGUACUGAACGGCACCAAAUAUCUGACCCCGAUUCCUGAGAGUAGAGCGGCAGAGAGAGGAGGGAAAGGAGAGAGAGGGCCAUGUGAAAAAGGGGUGGAGGGGAGAUUUAGUGCUCUGCUGGAUGAAACAACCCCCCACCAACUAACCGAGAGGGAAAGUAGCCUAAUGGGAAGAAAAGAGGGGGUGUUGUACUGUUCAUUUAGCACUCAAAGACGCGCAGGAAGCCUUUAUCGUUUCCCACAAUGAGAUCAGAAAAGGGGGUAGCUGUCUUCUGUAAAGCUUAAGGCCCUGAACAACAGAAACAAACAAUACAAAAUCACAUUGUGGCAGCAUAUAACUGAGAGAAGAAACAUGUCUCGAACAGAAGAGGUCAACAAGAUGACAGAAAAUGUCUAUAAGGGGAUUCUGGACCAGUUCAACCCCAGUCUGAAGAACUUUGUGACCAUGGGGAAACACUAUGAGAAAGCCCUGACAGGAGUAACUGUGGCGGCCAAAGGGUACUUUGAUGCUCUGGUGAAACUUGGAGAGCUGGCGAGCGACAGCCAAGGCUCCAAAGAGCUGGGAGACACACUGUUUCAGAUGGCCGAGGUCCACAGACAGAUUCAGGUGCAGCUGGAAGACGUGUUAAAGCUGUUUCACUCUGAGCUGCUCGCCCAGUUGGAGCAGAAGCUGGAACUGGAUAUUAAAUACCUCACAGCCACUCUCAAGAAGUAUCAGAGUGAGCGGAGGUCUAAAUCUGAGUCUAUCGAGCGCUGCCAGUCUCAGCUGAAGAAACUCCGCAGGAAGAGCCAGGGCAGUCGCCACCCGAACAAAUAUGGAGACAGAGAGAUGCAGUUUGUGGAGUUGAUGAGUCGUCGCCAAGGCGAGCUGGACGCACUGGUGGCCUCGGGUUACAAGUCUGCGCUCACAGAGGAAAGGAGACGAUAUUGCUUCCUGGUGGACAGACAGUGUUGUGUCACCAAACUGCUCAUCAACUACCACUCCAAGGUGAGAGAGCUUCUGUCUCAGAAACUCUCCUGUUGGCAGCAGUCAUGUUCUCAGCCCACGAAACUCCCAGAGCGCGCUCUGAAUCUGCUGCGUCACACUGCGCCUCAAGGCUCAGGGGCUGCUGGGAUAGCCGAGGUCCUCCGCCACACAAAGAUCGGCUCCGCUCAGCCAGAACAGAGGCUCUCUGUUCAAGAAGUCCCUCCUCUGUUGAAUGGAGACUCCAGUCGCCCCCAGCAGCGCUCACUCCCCUCCUCCUCCCAUAGUGAAGCCUGUCCUCCACAGGGCUCCCCCCAGACUUUCUGCUCUCUCUCCACUGGAGGAGCUGCUGGAGGUUCAUCACGAGGAGCGUCUCCUCAGCACACCAGCACACCUCUCAGUGCAUCAGCCAGCCCUCUCCCCGACAGCAGUGCCAGUGGCAGCGUCAGCCCGGCUGCGUCCACCCCCACCACGUCCGGCGGCUCGGCCCAGCAAAGCUCUCUCCUCCUGGCCACCAACACCAACCUCUCCAACCUCUCCCCGAGCCUCAUCCCCUCCACGGUGAUGUCGCUCAGCCAGAUCUCCUCGGCCGGCAUCUCUCUGCGCGGCAUGACCCUCCCCAUCACCCACAGCGCUCCUCACAGUCCACCGCUGCCCCACAGUGCUCCUCUCUCCAGGGCCAUGACUCCUGUGCAGCUAUUGCACCAACAGGUGGGACCAGGGGGAAGCAAUGCUUCAUCACCGUCACAUAAUCCCUGGCUGCUGAAGACCGCUGACAUGUGUGCAACAGCUACACUUCCAUUGCCGAAGAGACCUGUCAGUGAAAUGAGGCUGGGCGGCUUUCAGGGCUCCAGUCUCCCCAGGAUGCUGCCUUUAUCUGGACCUUCCAGUGUGGAAGCCAUGUUCGCUCACACUCCCGGAGCAUUGGAGGGCGGCGGCUUAGGGGGCGGGGCUUGCUUACUGCACUUCCUGCCUGGUGACAACAUCACCCUGCUCAUCUCUGAGCCCAGAGACGGGUGGCACUACGGUCAAAAUGAACGAACUGGACGGAAAGGCUGGUUCCCUUUCUCCUACACUCAGUCACAGCACAGUAAGAUGGAUCACCUCGAGAGCUCUCUCUUCUUGUCUAAGGCUAACAGCACCAGUACGGGCCAACUUGACAAGCUGGUGUCUGCAGGUCUCCCGGCCCUCACCCCCGAAUCAGAGGAGGAGCACUCCCUUCCUCCACAGAGGGUCAGCACUUUCCGCCCGCGCCCAUACAGCAUGGCCGACAGCAACAAGAUCACCGCAGAAUUGGUCUCUCCACCACCCUCUCCAACCAGGGCCAAUCCAUUUGCCCACGUCCGACUCAGAAGAACUGUCACCAACGAUCGCUCAGCUCCCAUCAUUGAGUAAGAGAUUUAUUCCCACAGCAGCAACCUUGUUCUCUGUGGUUUGUCAGUCCAUCAAACCUCAGGUUGAGGUCUGGACACAGCUCAAUGGUUGAUGUUGAUUCUUUAUUUUGGAUGUUCUUUUUCGCAAAUGAAUUAGAUACAGAUUGUGUUUCUUGUGCAGGAAUAGAACAUCUUUAAAUCAAAGUAUAAAUGUAUCAAAGUAUAUCGCGUGUAAAGGCUGACCUGUUAUAAAUAUGAUUACAAUCCAUUCAAUUUUAAGGUAGUCUAUAGGAAAAAAACUAGAAACAAGACUACUUUAAUUUCUUAAAAUUCUGUGUGAGUGAAACACUGACAUUGAAAUAAAGUCUAGGUUAGUUUUAAUGAAACAGAAGUAAGGUGUUUAACUGUACUUAGUUUAGUGAUUGAGAGCGACAUACUGUAUUGUCCAGAAUAACUAACAUUUUUAGGUUUUUCCCGGCCAAUGAAAGAUGCCGCUUAUAUCUCUUACUGUUUUACAGUGAUUUUUUUUUCUCAACAUAACCUUGCUGUAGUUAAUUCUUGUGCCAUUUUCAAAAAAGUUUCCUUUGUUGGGCUGAUCUAGGGACUGGCUCCUAUAGCAGGUUGUGAACUUUUACUUUCACUGUAGUGAAGUGUUAUGGAAAGAGGACAGGCUCCUACUCUAAAAGUGCUAUUACAGUAUUAUAUUUUUCAGAAAAGAUGCCAGAUUGUUUCUUGGUUUCAGUGAAGGUGAACUUUUAAAUGUAUUCAGAGUGUCUUUUAUAUUUUCAAACGUGGUUGUUUGGUUGAGAGAGACUUGGCAUAAUUUAAUGAAAUUGGCACAGUGAGUUAUUUUUGUUUAAUUUUAACCUUAAAUUACUGAACAUGGGCAACGCUUUUUAAGUGUUCAAGUCCCUGUCUGUUAGAUCUUAUGAUUAUACUAGUUAACAUUAUGCAUUCUGCUGCUGUAAAGUUAAAUAUUAGUGUUUGGUUGAUGUAGAUUUUUGGAUCAGCUUAAUUCUUUACCUGGACUCAAAAUCGUGAAAACAAACUCUACCUUAAAUUUGAUUAUUCAAUGAGAAGUGUUGGCUUUCGAGUGGAAUACUUAUUUAAUACAGGGAGAGAACUACAAAACACAGAAACAGAAAAGCUUAUGAGCUUCACAGACACAAACUGUGAGAGUUAAUAGUUGAACGUUUGGACAGUGUUAUUACCGAAAGUGUUUUUUUUUUAGAAAGUAGCAUGUUGUGGAGGGUUGAAAGUGUUAAGAAUGAGAGAUUUGGGUGCUUAGUCUUUGGAUUUGAUGUCUUCUUGAUUCCUAUUCAGUCCUAAAUCUAAAGCUAGACAACAUCCAGACUAGUUCAUUAUAGUUGUACGUUUACCAACCAGACUGAGCAGAAUCUUCAAGAGAGAUCUGAAAGCCGAGACAGGCGAUAGGAUUAAGUUUCAAAGGGGAAAUGUAUCUAUGAAAGUGGUGAAGAAAGUAUAUGGGAAGUUGACCAACGUCCUGAGCAAGUGUUUAUGGUAAACUAGAGAUAUCCAAAGUAAUAUUCUGUAGCUCUGUAGUAGCGCCCUAGAAUACUGUGGUUUUAAGAUGAAAACUUUGUAUUUGUACAAACUGAAAUGCUUAAUGUUCCUGUUGUAACUACCUUAAGUUUCUGUGACCUUUUACCACCUUGAAUAUUCAAGAUAACGCCAACAACAUUUGAAGUAAUUCCUCUCUAACAGCAAAUAUCUUACUUUAAGUGUAUGGCAUCAUUAAUAAAGGUGACCGUAGAAUGAUAGAGCUAAUGCUUUUUUAUGCAUGUAAAUAGGGCUUAAAACGUGUGUGAUUGUAUGACUUUUAUUUGACUUCUUUAUACAAUGAUAUUUUACUUUGGUAGAACAUUUUGACUUUGUAAAAGCUGCAUGCGCCGUAAACCCGCCUGCGCAUGUCAGUUUUAGCAAUCAAACUUUUGUUUCCGACUCUGAACAGGAAAUGACACAGUGAUAAUACAGAAUAAGAUAUUAUUCACCUAUAUUGGUCUGAAUGUGUUUUAAACUUAGAAUACUGUUUAGAAUAUACUUACAUUUAGUAGUAGUCACAGUGACUGGUUGUAGUGUAUCAGUGAGUCAUAAAAUAGAAUGAAACAUGAGCGGAGUUUGGAGCAAGUGAUACAGUGGCAUUUAUAUUAAAAUAUGCAAUUCUGCCCUGAGAAAAUGAAAAAUUGUUUAGAAAUUGAUACAGAGAAAUAUAGUGUACGUACAACAUAUCAAUAUAUCCGAAGUAUGUAAUAUGCUGUAGGAAAUACAUUGGUUUAUUAAAAAAUAUAACUGCUGAAUAUGUAACAACAGGAAAUGUAUACAGAAAUGAUGUGUGUAGAUGUCUAAAAGAUACCUGGAAUCUGUGCAUUGUCAACUGCAGAUGGAGGAACCUUAUGCAAAAAGAUGUUACUAAAAACAGGAACUUAUGCAAAGUCCAAAACUCUUCUUCCAAAGUGAAAUAUUGUUUUAAUAUUGCACACCCAUUUUACACAGUUCCUAGGUUCUGUGAAAAAUAUGAAGCAACGUAGACAGACCUGUCAGUCUGUUCUCUGAAUUGCAUCAACAUCAAAUCCUGGUGACUGCAGAAGAUAUUAUGAUGAAGAAUAUUGCUGAGGAAGACGUUCUUUAUCUAAAACACUGAAUAUUGAAGUUUUGUGAAAUAAAAGUUCUAUGAAGGAAA